AUGUCUAGUUGUCAAUCAACCAGUGGUAUGACUUCAACUCCAACACUUGCUCCUAUAAGAUCAGAAGAUCCAGCAUGGGCACAUGCACGUGCUGUGCCAGGGGCAAGAAAUAAUACUGAAUGUUUAUAUUGUAAUAAAGUAAUUAGAGGCGGCGAGAUCACUCGGUUGAAGCAUCAUCUAGCUGGAAUUCCAGGCGAUGUAGAAGCAUGUAAAAAGGUGUCUAAAGAUAUAAAAUGGCAAAUGAAGGAGUUGCUUGAUGAAAUGAAAAAAAGCAAAGAGAAGAAAAUGAGAAUAAGGUCAAAGAUUGGAGGCGAUAUAAAUUUAACAUUUGAUGAUAUUGAUGAUAGUAAUAGUAUGGAGGGACAGUCUCAGCUUUCAAAAGGUAAGGGGAAGUCGAAAGAAUCUGGAACUGGAGAGUCAGUGGGGGGAUUGAGUAAAUUUUUUGCUCCAAGAACAACUCUUGGAGCCCAACCUUCAAUUAAGAGUUCUAUGUGUUCAAAUGAGAUGAUUGUAAAAGUAAAGAUGGUUGUAGCACGCUGGUGGUAUGAUUCUAAUCUGCCUUUCCAUGUUGCUCAAUCUAAGUUUUAUCAACCAGCUAUCGAUGCCCUGACUGCCAUCGGGCCAGGAUUCAAGGGCCCAUCUUUAUAUGAAUUGAGAGGAAAUUUAUUAAAGAUGGUUGUGGAUGAAGUUCAAGAUUAUUUGCAACAAAUUAAGAAGGUUUGGAAUGAGACCGGUUGUUCACUAAUGGUAGAUGGUUGGAUAGACCAGAAGCAACAAUCAAUAAUCAACUUUCUAGUUUAUUGUCCGAAAUGUACAAUAUUUUUUAAGUCUGUUGAUACAUCUGGCCUUAGAAAAAAUGUUGAAACAUUGUUUAAUAUCUUUGAUGAGGUUGUUCAAGUAAUUGGAGCUGAGAAUCUUGUGCAGUUCAUAACGGACAAUGAUGCAAGUUAUAAAGCUGCAGGAAAAAAGUUACAACAGAAGUAUGGCUCUUUCUACUGGUCCCCAUGUGCAGCUCAUUACAUAGACUUAAUGUUGGAGAAUUUUUAUGAUCCAAGAUAUUUUCCCCUUAUUGAUGAUACCAUAAAAAAGGCAAAAAAGAUAACAAAGUUCAUCUAUAACCAUGGUUGGGUUUUGGCAUUGAUGAGAAAAGACUUUACCAAAGGUCAAGAUUGUGUCGUCCUGCAGUUACAAGGUCUGCGACAAAUUUUUUAG